UUAACGAUCAAGGUAAAGCGUUCAGUUUGUUUGCAGUACAGGUGAUCCUCGGUUUCGGUGAGAGGAGAUCAUGGGGAAACUUGAGACGUUCGAGAUUGAGUUUAAAGAUAAAAAAGACUUGUACGUCCCGGGAGAAUCAAUUUCUGGAACCGUGACAGUCAAACUGAACCAGCCGAUCCAAUGCAAAGCCGUGAAAGUGAACUGCAAUGGUUUCUGUGGUAUCACUAGUAAGAUAAAUGACACAGCAUGGACAACAGAGGAGCAGUACUUCAACAACACCCUCUCUGUUUCAGACAAAGGAACCCUGAAACAGGGAGAGCACAAGUUCCCUUUCAAGUUCCUAAUACCAGCCACUGCCCCAACAUCUUUUGAAGGCGUCUAUGGUAAAAUCAUUUACAGAGUGAGGGCAUUCAUCGACACCCCGCGAUUUUCCAAGGACUACAGCACAGAGAUGCCUUUCUACCUGCUAAAAAUUCUCAACUUGAACGAAUUGCCAGAUAUAUGGGGACCUGCUUCCUCUGCAGUAACUCAACAGUUCACCUACAUGCUUGUGAAAACGGGGACGAUCAUUCUGAAGGCCCAAACAGAUAUGAAGGGUUACACACCGGGCCAGAUUAUCAAGCUGUCAGCCAACAUCAGUAACCAGUCCACCAAGACCACAGGCCACAUAGCUGCCAAUCUGAUGCAGAGGGUGACGUAUGAGACAAAGAAGCCAACCUAUGACCUGAAGUCGAUAGUGGAAGUGGAAGGAGGAGCAAUAAAAGGUGGUAGAGAGGUAGAUUGGAAAGAACAAAUCAUCAUUCCUGCCCUCCCUCAGUCAUCACUUGCUGGUUGUGAACUUAUAAAGAUCGAAUACUAUGUCAAGGUCAGCCUAAAGUCUCCUGAAGUUACACUUACAUUACCAAUCCACAUCGGAAAUGUGUCACUUGACAGGAAACUCUGUUCAUCCAAGAAAGAAGUUCCUCCUUCCAAGAAGGAGCUGACAGCCUCUGCGUCGACAUCAGAUGUCCUCCCAUCUUCUUCCAUGCUUACACCAUCACCUCAUAUUGCCCCUAAACCUGCUCCCCGUCCAGCUCCACGCUCCAGGAUUUCCUCCCCCAGCGCGCCUCCGGCUGAUUACCCGUUAAGCACAGAAGCUGGGAACGUGACGAAUGAACACUUUCCAAACAAGCGCCAGUCUCAGCCGGUGUCACCCAAUGGAUUCAGCUAUGCCCCAGGCCUCUUUUUUCCACAGAAUCAACUGCCUAAUGUAUCUGCCACAGCCUCAAGUGGGUCUUCAUUAAGGGGGUCGACAGAGGCCACAGUUCCUUAUCCUUCAGGGAAUUGUGCCCAACCAAGAGCUCAACAUGAUACCCUUCCUCCAGACUAUGGUGCCUUGGCUUAUCCACAAGAAGCCCCUCCUUCCUACACUGAGAGCUGCAAUACAUGAAGUUCAUCAAGAAAACAGAUCCAGGAUAAUAGUUGUGUGAUUUUUAAAGCAUGUACUAUAUGGACACGCAAUCACAAUUUGUUUUACUAUAAAAAAAAAAAUAAUAAUAAAAUAAAAUAAAAAGACAACUAAACACAGGGGGCCAGCGAGCAACCAUGAGCAAAUGUAUGUCUGGAGGGCUAGCUUUGGUCUAUAAUACACUAUGGUUAUUUUUUCUCCAGUUUUUAAUACAUUAUUUUAAAGUGUAAGUUGACUUAUCUCAGUCUCGUAACUCCCUGACAACAUCUAUCAAUACAAUACCUAAAUAGAAUACUUUGAUUUGCAUGUUUGCCUCAGAUGUAUAUUUGUGGGUAACUUGUAAUUUUUUCUUAUAUCGUUAGUUUUACUGUUAAAUCUAGUAGCCUAAGAAACCAAACCUCUUAAUGCCUUUUGUUUUUAGCAGUAAAAUGUUGAAAAUUAUAACCAUGUAAAUGUUCAUGGUUAGUUUUGGACCUUUAUUUUUCUGUUGUUGUUUAAUCUUUAUCAUCAGGUAUGUCUGUUUGCCUUGUGUUCACAAACUUGUGUGUAUUAAUGUCUAGAAUAAUCUAGCAUGAUUUUGAUUUGAGCUUUUAUUUCCCCAUUACUAAUAUGAUUUCUAUUUACAUCAGUGCAGAUAUAUUGCUUUCCUGGUAAAAUCCAGCAGACUCUAUAUUUAUUUAUUUUAUCUUGCUGCUGUCGUUGUUUUAAUAAACCAAAUAUAAAUAAAGUGUUGCUAAUCUUUCCUCCAACUUCUAAUUU